GGUUGUGGAGAAGAUCAUGGGCGAGAUGGAAGAAAAAUAUGCCAUAUCAGCGGAGACUGGUGAAGAAGGUGAAGCAAAGAAGCUUGCCCGCCCUCCCUACGGCACCACGACGUACGCCAAUUGGAUCGUCCCGCUCUACAAGGAGUCUAGGCUGUGCCGCGACGAAGAGAGGUAUGCUCCGGCGAUGUUCCUACUGAUGCUGAAUGAUGUGUUGAUGGUGAAUGAGGACCUUCGUCCAAAACACGCCAUGCUCCAUCUCAAAGAAGUGGAGAAGCUGAAGUUAGACGAUGCUUUCAACGGAACAGCAGGAACAACCUGUUAUCGGAUGGCCACGGAGCAGAUACCAGAACUAAAGAGACUCUCUGAGACUGAUCGUGUCGGGCUCACACCCAAGCUUGUUUGUCUGACUCAGAAACUUGAAAAGAUCUAUGAUGAUAAAAAAGCUAUUGGCCUAGUGAUCUGUCGUAGCGCAGCUGUUGCCAAGUACCUGACUAAGAUCAUUGAGGAAAGCAACACCGCAAUGGCUAAGGGUAUCCAACCGCAGCAUCUAGAGGAGUUAGGGGAGUGUGCCGAUGACGGAGAGGAGAGUGAGAGACGUGCCCGACAGACGGCCAUCUUGGAUGACUUUAAAAGCGAGGGGCGUAUCAAUCUGGUGAUCAGUACAGACUUUGAACAGGUGGACCUCGAGCUGCCCGACUGCCAUUUUGUGAUCCGUUACAACGAGGUGUGUGACGAGCUCGGCACGAUCCACUGGUCAGGCAGGAGGAAGGCCAAGAAAGGUCAUUGCUUCUUCAUCACACAGAAGGGAACGAUGGUUUGUCGUCAAGAGGAAAUGAAAAGAGAGGCUCUGAUGGAACUUGAAAAACAUCUCAAGGUUCUUAAUGAAAUGGAGUCCAAGGAUUGGUAUGACAAAGUAGAAAACAAACAGUUUGCCUGUAUGAGGAGCAACGCAAACCGCGACUUUGUGGUCAAUUUCCAGCGCUUCAACCGUCGAGCAAGGGACUACACCCUCCUGUGCCAAAGCUGUCGUAAGUUCAUCUGUAACGCUCAUUUCCUCCUGAAACGGGGUAUCUACGUUUCCUGUCAGGAUUCAUCCAUCAAAGAACGCUUGAGCGUCCAAGGGAUGACCUCCCCGCUCAGAAGGACCGAUGAUGAUGUAACUGGCGUCCUGAAGUGCACUGGGCAGAGAAACGGACAACCUUGCCAGAAGAAGCUAGGAUUUGCCGUUGACUACAAGAGACUGGAGGUCGAGGAAGGUUACGGAUUGGAUGUUAAAUCUUUCUUCUUCAGCUACCUCGAGGGAUCACAUGCUGAUUACGUCGGGAAGGAAUUCGAUACGUGGGACGACGUUGAUUUCUUCAUAUACGUUGAGGACAGGGAGGAUAGACAAAGAAGCGACGGAGGUGGAGGAGGAGGGGAUGACGGUGAUGACGAUGAUGAUAUGGAUGACAAUCAGGGUGGAGGAUCAGCAGAUGGAGGGGAUAGUAAGAAGAAGGAGAGCGGAGCAUCGAACGUAGGAGGAGGGGGGAGAACGCAGACCACGGUUAGAGCCAGAGGGGAGGAGACGUCGAUGGAGACAGAGAAUACAACGCAGACCAGGCAACGGCGACCAAACAUUGAAAAGAAUGUUGAUCGCUAGGUAAUGUCCUUAGAUUUUUGCAUAAAACUCACCUGCUAUAGAGACUCAUGGUCUAUUACUAUUUCUAUUUUUAUACCAUUCUGCUGCGUAUGGUAACUUGUUCACUUGUUCAUACUGCCUUAAAUAUACUCUUGGAAAAAAAAAAGAAUUUCAAACUUUGAUUUAAUGAUGUUUACUAAUGUCAAAAUAUCUUGUUCUCCAAGACAUGAGAUGUGAAAAUGGAAUUGAAGAAAUCUGUAUUGACCACAAUAUUAGUAAGGUCACAACUUUCUAGAAAUGUGAUUUUUAUGUGCUUAUAAGAAUUUCCAUUGCUUUUUUUUUCAAUAGAAUAGUCUGCUCGUUCACACAGGAGUUUGCUUCUGGUCAUUAAGAUAUUUCAUCUCAUUUCCUCUGUAACUUUUUUUUUCAGAUAGAAGAUAUAUUUUAAUGUAUAUUGCAGAUACUAUGUGGUGUAUAUCUAUAAAUGAUCUGUAAGAUCUAGAAUUACUAUAUAAUUUGUAUAAUGCAUAUUCUACUAAUCUACUGUGAUGCCAGUGAAGAAUGACCAUCCUAGAAUGACACAAAAUGUAUUCUUUAUACCAGUAUACAGGUUCGAAUACAUAAUCUGCUUCCAUGGGAAUCAGUUUUAGUUGUCACUAUAACUAGGCAGGUGGCUGCUUCAUGUAAAGAUGGGGCCACUACCUGUUCGACUGUACUUCUUUUGAACAGAUACUAUUACCUAGCUGUUGAGUUUUUUCAUUGAAUUUUAGUUGUUAAAUAGCGGUUAUUUACAGUUAUACCUUUUAAACAAUAAUUUCACAUACGCUUUGCUUCCAAAUAUUAAAAAAAAUUAACAAUUUGUGAUUUCAUGUACUUUUUAAGUGUGUGUUAAGAACAUCAUUUUAAAAUGUGCUUAAUAAUGUUACUUUUUUCUGUUCCAUCCUCUUCAAGGCUAUAUUUUGCUUCUAUGAUUUUGUUUUUAUAUUAUAAUUACCAAGCAGCUCAUGAAACACAUUUUGAAUCGUGUUUUCAAAUAUUUGAGAAAGGUGUAUUAAUACAGCCUAUCUCUUUUAUUAUACUUGUUAUUACCUCUUGUCUUUUAAGUACUCUUCCUUCUGAAACAUCGCUUAAGUUGGUGUAUAAAUUAAGAAUUAUGAUGAUCUAAAUUUUAUCAUUCAUAUAUAUGCAAUUUUUAUGAAUUUGUUGAUGUUAUAAUCUUUAUAAAAAUAUUUUGUCUUUAGUCCGUUGGUGUAAGGUUUGAUUAUCCAAGUAAGCAUUCAAAUGACAAACAAAAUUCAUUAAUUGCAUGGCUGGAAUGUAUCGUUUGGCUCUCAGCUAAUCAGAUGCAAGGAUUUUAGGAGCUUGUAGUAGAUUACCGAAGUAAUGACAUCACAAAACACCUUUUUUUAUUUCAACGUUUUUCAUACCAUAUCUUGGCAGGGCAUGAUGAAAAACACCCACGACCAAAAUUAGGUGGGAAUCGGUCUAUGAGAGCCUUAGAUAUGACCUCAUGAAUACAUAAUUAGCCCCAAUGAAGUCGAUGUAUUAUUGACCUGGCUCUUAACAUUUAGAACCAACAGGUUGCAAAAAGGGAAAAUUGAUGACAUCACACUUCGGUACUCUGUAGUUUUCUAUGAAAAUCACUCGCAAUGUGUUUCAUGAAACAUCUAGUAACAUUGCUGAUGUUUUAACAUCUUUAAAGAAACAUUUAUUUAGUACUUUUACUAACCAAUUCGCUUUUUAGCCAAUCACAUUCAAGGUUUUUAGUAGCUCUUAACAGUUGCCAGUGACAAUCAAUGACAGGUCACUUCGUGAAAUGUGCUCCUUGAUUUACAGUUCCUACCAUCUGAGUCCGUAACACAAAAUUAGUGAUUAAUUGUACGUUGUAUUUUUAUGAUUGAUUGUACAUUGGAGUCAACGCAAUCAAUCGUUUAGAAAUGUUCUACGAUCAUUGCUAAGCUUUGUGUUACAGGCCCCAGAUUUGUAGAGAAUGAUGAAGAGUCCUUAGAUUCUGUGAAACAAAACUUAGUGAUUGAAUGUUCAUUACAACUAAUGAUUGACAAUAAAUCUUAAACAGUCCCAUUAGUCUCAUUCAUACUCCAUUGUGUUCCGGGGGCUGAAGUUCAAAUGUGAUUUUUUUUUCAUGUAUAACAUUAAUCAUACAAUCAACCUUACGAUUGAUAUCAAAAGCAUGUUCAGGCAAAUGAGGUACUAUAAGGGUUACCAGUGAUGAUGUGAUUGAUUUUUGUCUCUCUAUAUUAAUUUAUUUUAAUGUAAUGACUUCGUAUUUGUUUUAAGACUAUGUCAGCAGAUUUUAAUGAAUUAGGGAUCUUGAAAUACAUGUAGAAUAUUUUAGAACCAUUUAGUAUGAAAGUACUAUAUCAGUUUGUUAAUUUCAUGUAUGCUCACUUUGUUUGUCAUAAUUGAUUUGCAGGAAAUAAAAAUAUUGAAGCAUUUUCAAAUAGUACAGCAGAAUCCCCACAUUGCCAUAUGAUUUUGAGACUGGAAUAAAAAUCUGUUACAAAUAUCAGCAAAUCUGUAUUUUGGAUAAUAUGAUUUAAUGAAUAUUAUGGUUUAGAAGGAACAUCUUUAUGAUGAUUACAAUACAUGUACCUUAUAUAUAUACAUGUAUAUAUGGCUUUCCUACAUUAACUUUGAUCACAAAAUGAUUUUUUUUGUUUACAUUUUCUUAAGCACCCAAUCAAAAAUAAUGUCUUUCAUUAUUGUCACAUUGCAUGAUGUUGAUAUCAAUAUCAAUAUCAUACCUAAAUGAAAUGGACUUGAAAAUGUUUCACCUAAGCAGUUGAAUUGUUUUUAUGAACUUGUAUAACAAGUGCUAUAAGAUUUGUGUUAGAUUAUGAAUGUGAAGCUACGCUUUAUAAACAACUCUACAUUAUGUUUUAUAGAUAUAUUUUAUACAAAUUACUGCAUAUGAUUUUGUUAUAUGACACAAUGAAAAGGAAAAGUUGUGAUUAUAUUGUGUAUGGUACUCUAAUGAGGGUGAUCUAUAUUGUUCAUUUUAUAUUUCUAUCUUUAAAACAUGUGCAUCUACAUUUUCAAAUGGUGAUGAUAACAAGAACAUGAUGAUAAUCAUGAAUACAUGUUUCUUUAAUAGUUCAUUUGCAACUACUUAUGACUGAGAAUAAAGAUUCUGUACCGACCAUUA